AUGUCUUCGCCCUCCCUUCCCUUUGCACUCCCCUCUUCCCUGAGCGGUAAAACCUACCUAGUCACGGGCGCCAACACUGGGAUUGGCCUAUCCACCGCACAAGCACUCUCCACCCGCGGCGCCCGCGUGUACAUAGGCUCGCGCUCACUGGAAAAAGCCAACACCGCAAUCGAGACGAUCCGCGCCGAAACCCCGAAUGCCGAUCUGCACAUUCUGCAAAUGGACCUCCUAGACCUGUCGUCCGUCGUGAAGGCAGCAAAGGAAUUCAAAUCAAAAGAAACCAAAUUGCACGGCUUGGUGAAUAACGCGGGAAUCAUGGCGACGCCGUUUGCGAAAAGUCCGACAGAUGGGUUCGAGGCGCAGUGGCAGACGAAUUAUAUUUCGCAAUGGUUGCUCACCUGGCAUUUGCUCGACACACUCGUGAGCACGGCGCGGGAGGAAGGGUCCGCGGGGAGUGUGCGGAUCGUGAACGUCACGAGCAACGGACAUAAAUUCGCGCCCAAGAUGGGAAUCGAUUUUGAGGAUCUGAGCCUGGAGAAGAGCGGGGGGAUCUGGUCGCGGUAUGGGCAGAGUAAGCUGGCUAAUAUCCUGCAUGCGAAGCAGCUCAAUAAACUGUACGGGGCGACUACUCAGAGUGAGAACACGGAGGCGGCAGCGCCGGCGAUCUGGACCGCGGCGGUGCAUCCGGGGUCCAUUGAUACGAAUCUCAACAAACAGACUGCGCUGCCAGGGUUGCUUUACACGGUGCUGAAGACUCUGGGUGUGUACUCGCAGCCGAGCGAGGGGGCGUAUAAUUCGGUGUUUGCGGUUGCGUCGCCAGACUUCAGGGCGGGGGAUAGUGGGCAGUAUUUUGUGCCGGGGCCGAAGAGGGAGAAGCCGAGUAAGGUUGCGCAGGAUAUGGGGCUGGCGGAUAAACUCUGGGAGUGGACAAAGGGGGAUUUGGGGAGGAGGCAAUUGCUGAAGUGA